CAGGGCGGCAAUAUUUCCCUAUCCUCCGGAUAUCAGGCUCUAUUGCCAGUUAUGAUAACCUGCCCCGUAUCCCGGGUGGUCACUUGAUAUCACGCCCCCCAGCACCGCUCGGUUGUGCCGAAAAUAUAAACCUCGAACUUCGCUCGAUGCUAUCGUAGAUUCCUUGUGUUAGGAAACGUUCGGCCUCUACAGUACCGUCGCAACGAAAUCCGUAAUCAUGGCCCCUUCAGCCAUCAACGGCAGUGCGUACAGCGCAUCCAACGGGGUGCACGAGGAUUCGAGAGCUCCUACUAACGGAUACACCAACGGACAUGCCAACGGACACGCCAAUGGUCACUCCAAUGACCAUUCUACUGACAGCUCUGUCAACGGCAAUGGCCAUGUUCUAGUAGACGAGUACGCUGUAAACGGGAGCGGGAACGGCUUCGGGCCGGUCAACGGUGAUUCCCACGCCAACGGGAACCACGAAGCACCCUUUGGCCAGACGAACGGCCGUCGAGUUGGCCAGAGCAAUGGCCACAGUAAUGGCCACAACAUCGGUACCAAUGGAACUAACGGCUUCAAUGGUGUCAACGGAGACCACACUCCGUCCAAGGAGAAGGGGGUGCCCAUUGCCAUAGUAGGAAUGUCCUGUCGGCUCCCGGGAAGUGUUGCGAGUCCGGCAGAAUUUUGGGAGAUGUGUGCUCGAGCUCGUAGCGGCUACUCAGAGAUACCAAAGGAGAGGUUCAACACAGCCAGCUUCUAUCAUCCCAACCCUGGGAAGGCCGGGUCUCACAACCCAGUCGGCGGUCAUUUUCUCAACACAGACCUUGCCGCCUUUGAUGCGCCUUUCUUCAGCUUGACAGAGAAGGAGGCCAUAUCGAUGGACCCCCAGCAGCGCUUGCUUCUAGAAUGCACGUUCGAAGCACUGGAAAAUGCUGGCAUCCCAAAGCACACCAUCGUUGGAAAAGACGUUGGCGUGUUUGUGGGCGGAUCGUUCCCCGAAUAUGAAUCGCACCUCUUCAGAGAUACUGACACCAUUCCCAUGCACCAGGCCACAGGUUGCGCAUAUGCGAUGCAAUCUAACAGAAUAUCUCACUUUUUCGAUCUAAGGGGACCCAGCUUCACUACAGAUACAGCAUGUUCGUCGAGUCUAGUCGCAUUGCAUGUAGCUUGCCAGAGUCUGCGCACUGGCGAGUCAAAUAUGGCGAUCGUCGGUGGAUGCCAUCUCAACACGUUGCCGGAGUUUUGGAUUUCGUUUUCCAAGUCGCGGCUCUUUUCAGAUUCAGGCCGGUCGUUUUCAUUCGACAGCAGAGGCACUGGAUUUGGCCGCGGUGAAGGGUGCGGUAUGGUGGUUCUCAAGCCCCUCGAGCAGGCUCGAAAGGACAACGACCAGAUUAGAGCGAUCAUCGUCGGGAGCGGCAUUAACCAGGAUGGAAGAACUCCUGGCAUCACGAUGCCCUCCGGCGAGGCACAAGAGGUUUUAAUGCGCCAAGUGUACAAGAAUGCCGGCAUAAAUCCUGCUGAUUGCGGCUUCGUCGAGGCGCACGGAACAGGAACACGUGUAGGAGAUCCCAUCGAAGCGACAGCAAUUCAUAAUAUCUUCGGCGCUGGCAGGACACCUAGAGAUCCUCUCUACAUCGGUUCUGUGAAGUCGAAUAUCGGGCAUCUAGAGGGGGCGUCUGGCAUCGUGGCAGUUAUUAAGUCCGCAUUGAUGCUCGAGCGAGGUUUUAUCCUACCAAAUUACGAUUUCAAAUAUCCGAACGAGAAGAUCCCCUUCAAAGAGUGGCAUCUGAAGGUUCCCGUCACCCAGCGGCCGUGGCCUCGAAAUAAGAAGUACAUCAGCGUCAAUAACUUCGGGUUCGGCGGUACCAAUGCCCACGUUGUUCUCGAAAAGAUUCCCUUUACGCAGAGGGGACCCAAGAACGACGCCGACCUGAAGAAGGACUCGGACAGGAAACUCUUCGCCAUCACAGCCAACGACAAGAACACGCUAGAAGCGGUCUUGAAGGCCUUGGUAAUCUACCUGGAGCAGAGGCCUGAGAUGUUCCAGAAGGAUUUAAUGGCGGACGUUGCGUACACCCUGGGCCAACGGAGAUCGCAUUUGCAGUGGAGGAUCGCCAUCCCGGCGCUCAGGUCAUUUGACCUGAUCGAUGCUAUCAACAGCCAGAAGUAUUCCCCUGGAAAGGAAGUCGAUACUCUCAGAAUUGGUUUCAUCUUCACUGGCCAGGGUGCUCAGUGGUAUGGCAUGGGCCGAGAACUCUACGAGAGGUAUCCUGUCUUCACUAAGGCCAUUGACUAUGCCGACGAAUGCCUGCGAGCCCUCGGCGCGUCUUGGUCGCUUGUUGAGGAAUUGAGUAAGGACGAAAAGACCUCUGCUGUCGGAGCCGCCCACAUAAGCCAGCCGUCAUGCACAGCAAUCCAGCUCGCUCUGGUCGACCUCAUGCGAGCAUGGGGCAUCAAACCCACAGCAGUAGCCGGUCACUCUAGUGGGGAGAUUGGAGCAGCCUAUGCCGCGGGCGUGUUGACAUUCGAAUCGUGUAUGUCUAUCGCCUACCACCGCGGUCGCCUGGUUCCCGUAUUGAAGGACAGGUACCCCGGAUUGAAAGGCUCCAUGAUGGCUGUCGGUGGCAGCAAAGAAGAGUUCGAGCCACUCAUCGCGGGACUGAAAGACGGCGAGGUCAGGAUUGCAUGCUAUAAUAGCCCUUCUAGUCUCACCAUCUCUGGGGACGAGGCCGGGAUCGACGAGCUGAAGAAGCUCGUGGAGGAGAAGCAACUGUUCAACAGGAAACUCUUCGUCGACACAGCUUACCAUUCGCACCAUAUGAACCUCCUCGCGAAGGAUUACCAGGCCUCUAUUAAUGACCUCGAAGGACCUGUUAAUACGGAGGUCCGAUUCCACUCUUCUCUUCUCGGUCGACGUAUCGAUGGCACAGAACUCGAGUCUUCUUACUGGGUUCAGAACCUCACGUGCCCUGUGAAGUUCAACGAAGCAGUCCAGAGCAUGCUGCAGCCCAUUGACGGCCACCGGACCGGUGUUAACAUGCUGCUCGAGCUGGGACCCCAUUCAGCUCUUCAAGGACCCCUUAAGCAGAUCCUGAAGGAGGUCGGUGGUGAUGCGGCCAAGAUCCCGUAUGCGUCCGCCCUCUCGCGGAAGAAGGAUGCUGUAGAGACCGCCCUGGAAGUUGCUGGGACUCUCUUCACCAAGGGCGCUCAUCUCGACUUUGAAGCCAUCAACUUCCCCGUCUCCACAAAGCCUCCGAUGCUUCUUAGCGACCUGCCACGAUACCCCUGGAACUACUCGGCCAAGUACUGGCAUGAGUCUCGUAUGACGCAAAUGCACAAGAACAGAACCGCUCCACGCAACGAUAUACUAGGAACCCUCGCCAAUUACUCUAACGACCUCGAGCCUACGUGGAGGAAUAUCGUCCGCUUAGAUGAUCUACCUUGGCUAGAGCACCACAAAAUCCAGUCCCUGACAAUAUUCCCCUUAUCUGGAUACAUUUCUAUGGCCGUCGAGGCAGCGUUCCAGCGAGCCAGCGCAUCGAAUGUUCACUUUGACAAGUUCGAGUUGCGCGAUGUAUCUGUCAAUGCCCCUCUAGUUAUCCCCGACGAGGACGUUGAGAUGACCACGACCCUGAGGCCUCACCAAGAAGGAACCCUGGUUUCUUCUGAAGUCUGGGAUGAAUUCCGCAUCUGCUCGUGGACCAAGAGCAAAGGAUGGAAGGAACAUUGCAAGGGACUGAUCGCUGUCCAGGCUCACGAGUCGAACGGCGUGGAUGAUGCCAGGCAGAGCUUGGCGUCGCGGAUCCAUUUGCAAUCAACCAUUGCUGAUAUCAAUGCUGCGGCAUCCUCGGCCGUCGCUAUGCCCAAGCUCUACGACGACCUUUCUGAGGUGGGAGUAUCGUAUGGCCCGACUUUCCAGGGAGUCAGCAAUUGCCAGGCCUCUAGCACCUGCUCCCGUGCAGACCUCCUCGUCCCUGACGUAGCCAAGGAGAUGCCUAACCACUUCGUGACCGACACUGUCAUCCAGCCCUCAUUCCUUGAGUCGCUCAUCUCCAUGUACUGGCCAAUUGCAAGCUCUGGGCAGGAAUCCCUUGACACGAUAUACCUGCCAUCUUCUGUGUCGAGUAUCUCUAUCUCGAAGGAUAUCAUUCAGGCUACCAAGACUCCAGGCCAGGACUUCAAGGCCUACUGUCUCGGAUCCAUACCCACCGACAGCCCCAGGCCAACGAAGAUGAGCAUUUUCGCAACCUCAGAGACUAACCUCGCCGAGCCUCUCAUUAAACUGGAUGAGUUGACCAUCGCUCCUAUCCUAGACCGCGAGGCGCAACCCGGGCUUGAGGCCCACCGUGAGCUCUGCUACAAGUUCGACUGGGAACCCAUCCUCGAACCCUUAUCGGCCGAGAACAAUAGCAAGCUGGAGUGGGAACCGAUGGGCGUUGAUGAACUUCCCGACGCCGAUAUUGAGAUUGUCUAUGGAGACGGCACACUACAGACCCAAGUCGCCUUCAUGUUAGCGGAGGCUCUGCAGCAUAUAACCGGAAAGCUGCCAAAUACCUCUAGUCUUCUGGAAUGUCAGGCCGAGAAUAAGCUUCUCAUCUUCUUGCCGGAAAUUAAUAAGCCGCUUCUGUCACAACUGAAGGAGGAUGAAUUCAACGCCCUACAAAGGAAUCUAACCACGGUACAAGGCGCGCUAUGGGUUGUUCGAGGCGCAUAUGACCGCUCUACAUCGCCGGAUCUUAAUAUGAUCUUGGGUCUCAGCAGGACCAUCCGAUCGGAAACGUUACUGCCAUUCGCUACCCUGGAUCUCGACGGCCGAACGGAACUAUUAAGUGACCGCGUUGCGGAGGCCAUCCUCAGGGUCUUCACAGCAGUGUUCAAUAAGAAAACCACUCUGAACGGCGAGCUAGAAUUUAUCGAGAAAAGCGGCUCGUUCUUCACACCCCGCAUCAUCAACGACCCCGAGAUGAACGAGCUCGUCCAUCAGGAGACGAGGCCGUCGGCCCUACAACCAGUUCAGUUUAUGCAGACGGAUCGACGGCUCAAGAUGGCCAUUACUGAUGCUGGCGCCCUGGACACGUUACACUUCGUCGACGACCUAGUCGCUGAGGCCCCGCUUAAUGGCGAAGAUAUCGAAAUCAAGGUCCACGCCGUCGGUGUCAACCAUAGAGAUCUCACGGCGGCCCACGGCAAGCUCGCAACACACGACUUUGGUAUAGAAGCCAGUGGUGUGGUUACCGCAGUCGGGAAGGACGUCAAGACCUUCGCCAUUGGUGACCGUGUCGCAGCCAUUACGAAGAGUGCCUUCGCAACAACCACCCGAACCAAGGCCACUUUUGCAUUCAAGCUCCCGUCUGACAUGCAGUUCGAGGAGGGAGCAACUCUCCCUCUAGCGUACAGCACCGCCUACUACUCUCUAGUAGAGCUUGGUCGGCUGAACGAGGAUGAGACUGUGCUGAUCCACGCCGCCGCUGGCGCCGUCGGCCAAGCCGCCAUCUCGCUCGCCCAGAUGAUCGGCGCGAAGGUGUUCGCCACGGUCGGCAGCCCGGAGAAGAAAGAGUUCCUCAUGAAGGAGUACGGCCUGCCGGAGGGCCGCAUCUUCUACAGCCGGAACAUCUCGUUCGGCAACGCCGUGCGCCAGGCGACCCACAACCUCGGCGUCGACGUCGUCCUCAACUGCCUCGCCGGCGACGGCCUGCGGGAGAGCUGGAAUUGCCUGAACAAGUUCGGUCGUCUGAUCGACAUCGGCGCCCGAGAUACCAACACGAGCACGAGGCUGGAGAUGACGCAGUUCGAGCACAACGCCAGCUUCAUGACGGUCGACAUCGUCGCCGUCGCGGCCGAGCGGCCCAAGCUCAUGCAGCGAUUGCUCUCCAACGUGGCGAAGCUCAUGCGCUACGGCAAAAUACGGCCCGUCUCUCCCGUCACCGUCUUCCCCAUAUCUGAGGUUGAGUCCGCGCUUAAGACGCUCCACGGCGCCAAGUCCCACGGUAAGCUGGUCGUCGUGCCGCAUGCCCACGACGUCGUUAAGGCCACCCCGCCGAGGAAACCUGCACAGCUGCUCAAGGCGGAUGCUACCUACAUCCUCAUCGGCGGCACUGGAGGUCUCGGCCGCAGCAUGGCCCGGUGGAUGGUUAGCCGGGGCGCGCGACACCUGGUCCUCGUAUCCAGGAGCGGCAGCGCGACCGGCAAGGUGAAGGAUCUCAUCGACGAGGCGGCUGCCGCUGGGGCUGAGAUCGUUGUGCGGCGGUGCGACGUGGCCAACCCCGUAUCCGUCGAAGAUCUGGUCAGGAACGGUCUGCAGGGUCUACCCGCUGUCAGGGGCGUCAUCCACGGCGCCAUGGUUCUACGCGACGUCUUAUUCGAGAAAAUGACCUACGACCAGUACACGACCGUGAUCGAGUCCAAGGUCCAGGGCGCGUGGAACUUCCACAACGCACUGGCGGAUGCGCCGCUUGACUUCUUCGUGGCCAUCUCGUCGGUCGCGGGCGCGGUCGGCAACCGGGGGCAGGCGGCGUACGCGGCGGCCAACUGCUUCCUGGACGCGUUCGUGCAGUACCGGCUCGCGCGGGGGCUGCCGGCGUCGGCGCUCGCGCUCACCGCCAUCUCGGACUCGGGAUACCUGGCCGAGGACCUCGCCAAGGCCGCCGAGGUGGCCAAGAACCUCGGCAGCGACACCAUCUGCGAGGCCGAGGUGCUCGCCCUGCUCGGCGCCGCCGUCGCCGGCCGCCUCGCCGCCUGCAGCAACCACGUCAUCACCGGCAUGCGCAUCACGCCCUCCAUGCAGCCCUUCUGGACCGCCGACGCCAAGUCCAAGCACCUGCGCGCGGCCGCCGAAGCGGCCGCCGCCGCCGAGGCCGCGGCCAACGGCGGCGCCGCCCGCGCCGUCUCCUACAACGCCGCCCUCAAGGCGUCCAAGUCGCUCGAGGAGGCCGAGGCCGUCGUCUGCGACGGCCUCGUGCACAAGCUCGCGGCCGUCAUGAUGAUGGAGCUCGAGGACCUCGACGUGACGCGCUCGCUGUCGCACUACCCGCUGGACUCGCUCGUCGCCAUCGAGAUCCGCAACUUCAUCACGCGCGAGUUCGAGGCUACCCUCCAGGUGCUCGAGCUGCUGUCGAGCGGCUCCAUCCAGACCCUGUCCAAGGCUGUCUGCGUCAAGAGCAAGCUGGUUAACUUCUGAAGGACAGGAGAAAAGGGACAACCAGAGGCGGAACACGAACACCAUCGAUGGAUGAGAAGACUGCUAUUUGGAGGACCGGUCCCCACUUAACCCUUUGUUUCCUCUACACCCCGUACCCGACACGUCUCAUGUUCUUAUAUGAUCCUAUGAUAUACAAACGAAUCGGGGGACCCGCGACAUGUAGAAUGAGUCGUUGAUGUUUGUAUACAAGUACCUUACAUGUUUCCUUAACCCCUUCGGUGGCUUAAUCUGUUCGCAAUUUUGGGCAUGGCAAUCUUGAUUUUCUUAGUUCACGUAUUCUUUUCGAAAGUUCAAUGAAUAGAUUCAUAGUAAAUCUAGCCACUCUCGAGUUUCUGCUAUGUCGUUCGCUAUACCGCGCG